CCCAUCGCCUCCUCUGGAAGAAGAAAGUCAGAAAGAAUUGAAUUGAGGUCAAAAGGAGAAAACGCAGCAAAAGAAAAGAUUGAUUGAUUGAUAGUUAUUGUCAGAAAGAGAAAAAGGAAGUCAAAAGGAGGAAUUAAAGGAGGACAAAAGGAGAAAAAGGUAGCAAAAGAAAGGAAAAGAAAGUCAGAAAGAGAAAAAGGAAGUAAAAAAAAGGAAUUAAAGGAGGUCAAAAAGAGAAAAGGCAGGAAAAGAAAGUCAGAAAGAGAAAAAGGAAGUAAAAAAAAAAGGAAUUAAAGGAGGUCAAAAAGAGAAAAGGCAGGAAAAGAAAGUCAGAAAGAGAAAAAGGAAGUAAAAAAAAAGGAAUUAAAGGAGGUCAAAAAGAGAAAAGGCAGGAAAAGAAAGUCAGAAAGAGAAAAAGGAAGUAAAAAAAAAGGAAUUAAAGGAGGUCAAAAAGAGAAAAGGCAGCAAAAGAAAGAUGAAAGUCAGAAAGAGAAAAAGGAAGUCAAAAGGAGAAGAAAUUCAGUUCGAACGAAGGAUAAAGGGUAAGCCAAAAGAAGGAAGGAGAUCGAAAUUAAAGAGGCCAAAAAAUGAAGGUGGAAAGUCAAGAAAGAAAGAAAGAAAAGGCUGGAGGGACACAUUUUAAGCCUCACAACCAAGACCAGGGCCAAGGUCAAAGUUUACUCCAAAAUUUCAAGAAGGAGACACACGAGCUGCCAGCUGACCCCAAAGUGACCUAGGAUACCACCAGCCAGCCAUAUGGGGCCUCGUCUGAACAUCAUAGUGGCUGCUGCCGAGAACCAUGGCAUCGGGAAGGGCGGGGAGCUGCCAUGGAAGCUGAGAGAGGAAAUGAAACACUUUACCCGAAUGACCAAAAGACUGGAUUCCCCAACAAAACAAAAUGUGGUACUGAUGGGACGCAAGACCUGGGAAUCUAUUCCUUCCAAGUUUAGACCUCUUCCUGGACGCCUUAAUGUUGUGCUUUCCUCACAAAUGAAAGAGCAGCAAGAUGGCAAACCUGUUGUCUGUAAAAAUUUUGAAGAUGCUUUGAAGAAGGUCAACACUGAGAGCCCAGAAGUGGAGACUGUGUGGGUCAUAGGAGGUCACUCCCUCUACAAGAUGGCUCUUGAGUCGGAGCACCUUCAUCGCAUAUACUUAACAAAGGUCAUGAAGGAUUUUGAGUGUGAUGUUUUCUUCCCCUCAUUCAACAUGAGUGAAUUCAGACUUGUUGAGGAUCCCUCUGUUGCCAGUGGAGUGCAGGAGGAAGGUGAUAUUCAUUACAAAUAUGAAGUUUAUGAAAAAAUAUAAGUGGUUUCAUGUUUAACAUAUCAAACAGGAUGUGGAGGCACAUAUAUCAAUAUAUUGUAGUUAAUAAAUUUAUCUAUGGUCCUGUAAACUAGUAAUUCUCAGUAUGUAGUUUUGAUGGGAAAUUGCAAUGUGGUUUUGAAGUGUUUGAUUUCCAAACGUUUUCAAUGAAGUCCCUGAAAUGUGUAGACCUCUAGUUUCUUUUGUAUUUGUAACACUACAUUUCUGAUUCCCAUGCUUGGACUGUGAAUACCUAACGCUGGGUGAUUUUCCGAAUCAUAUCUUUUUUGAAAAAAAAGUGGGUCUUAUAUGGCAGGAAAUAUGGUAUCUUAAAAAUAAUAAAAUAAAGAAGCCCAGCAAUGUAAGCAGAUAUGUGUUGACGGAGCCUCUAGAUAGCUUUUCUCAUAGAUGCAUUGACAUUUGAAUGACCUCAAAGAGGAGAUAGUUUUAGCCAAGAUUGUAAUUUUCUUAAAUAAAAAAAAAAAAUUUCUUCAUCAGUUUUACAUAUAUAAAUCUGAUUAUUUUUUUUACUAAUGAAUAUAAUAAAUACAUGAAGGUAUGUAGGUAACUCGAUAUACGCGUUUGAUUUACGUGUUUUUUUAAAUAACGCGGGGUCAAAAAUUCAAAUGAUUAAUUUACACGUUUUUUUUGGACUUAUACACGAUAUUUUAUGGAGUGGCCACCAGAUGUCUCACGCAACUGGACUCACAUGGCGCCGUGGCCACACAGCUGAGCUCAGUUCUUCCCGCGCGCCACUUGAACAACAAUACAGUACCCACGCUGCCACGCUACUCAACAACAACAACACCCUCGCUGCUGUGCUACCACGAGGGGAAGGGCAGCCAGAGGAGGAACCACGAGAGGGAGAGGAGUCAGAGUGAUACAGUAGGCAAUAAAGGUACAAACCUA